AUGGGGACUCAAGGUUAUGCCGCUCCUGAGUACGUCGCCACAGGGCAUUUGUACGUGAAGAGCGACGUCUAUGGUUUUGGUGUUGUAUUGGUAGAAAUGCUUACAGGGUUAAGGGUACUUGACGAAAAUCGUCCAGGUGGGAAAGAAAAUCUGGUUGAAUGGGUGAAGCCACAUUUAUUUGACAGAAGGAAGUUAAAGAACAUAAUGGAUUCUCGUUUGGAAGGAAAAUAUCCUUCAAGAUCUGCAAUACAAAUAGCUCAGCUUGCUCUAUCAUGUAUUGAAAGUGAACCAAAAAACCGACCAUCAAUGCGAGAAAUUGUUGAGAUCCUAGAGCGCAUUGAUUCUGUUCAUGAGAAACAUAAAGAGGUUAAAGUAAAUUCUAGGCCUCAACCAUCUUCUCGAGCACAGAAACCUUCGCAAUAUCGUUCUCCAAUUCAUCAUCCAAGGCACAAUCAUUCUCCAAUUCAUCCAAGGCACGAUAUAAAUCAAGCCUACCCACUGCCACCUCGCACAUAAGUUUUAGUUAGGGUAUUCAUUUGGAGCUGAUCUUUACGCAUAUUUGUUCCAAUCUCAUGUUCCUCAAAGCCUCUUUAAAUGAAUGAGAUUCUGUUUUCCAGAGUUAAAUAGAUGAGAAUAUACUUGCGAAAAGCAGUUCUGUGUACUUAAGAAUAAUGCAUGAUGUAAAAAGAUUGUCACCUGAAUAUAUAGAUACAUUUUUUUAAC